AUGCAUUCCAUCAUCUCAUCCACCACCCUUCUCGUCUCCGUGCUGGCCACAUCUGUCCUUGCCUCGCCACAAUAUGGCGACUCAUCGGCCACGACCACUGUUUCUGCCGCAGCCGCAUCCGUCUCUGGCGUCCACGACGUCCAAGUUGGUCCUGGCCUAACCUUCACCCCCGACAGCUUGACCGCUGCAGAGGGUGACUGGGUCCAAUUCACUUUCGGAUCAGGCCACUCGGUCGCACAGAGCUCCUUCGACGCUCCCUGCGUGCCUCUCGCCAGCGGCAUGGGUGUCUACUCUGGAUUCCCCAACGACGGAGACGUCUGGCGAUUCCAGGUCAACAGCACCGAUCCCAUCUGGCUGUACUGCUCCAAGGUCGGCCAUUGUGAAGGCGGCAUGGCUCUCGUCGUGAACCCACCGUAA